ACAGGACUAACGACAAACUAACAGUAACACACACACACCUAUGUUUGUCUCCCUGACCUUUCAGUGUUUUAUCACCUUUAUACCGGGAAGUUAGUUUCGUAAAAUUUUAAAAAAAAGGUAUUAAAGGAUGUGAAUAUUUCCCUGCCUUAACUCAAGAUUUGACAUCUGGUGGAUGCAAAUAAGCACGUUCACGUUAAGCAGAAUUUAAGGUUGAUGAGUAUUUCACUGAAAGGAUAUUCACUCCGACCAUUGCCACCAUUGCCUGCGACUGUCUCUGGAUUAAAAAUGAAAAUGUUUGUGCGUCAGCUACUGAGUCUCUGGUCAUUGCUGUUGACUGUGCCAAUCAGUGCUCGGUCUUGCACUAAAGAUGUCACCUGCACGUUUGGUAGUGGUCAAUGUGGAUGGUACAGUCUGAGUGAAAAACAAUUCGAGAGUAAACGGACUUAUUCAGAACUCAAAGAGUUUCUUAACGGCUACAUGUCUGUGGACAUGGGAGGUGAUGCACAAGCAAACGUCACGUCGCUGUACGGCAGUCCGCCGAUAUGUUCAACAAAACACGCGCACUCCUUCACCUUCAGAUACAGCCUGGAGAAUGGCAAGAAUUGUUACAUGACAUCCUAUGUCAGUCGUUCAGACGGAAAAAACAUCAGUCUCUGGGACAGCAGUGUUUUUGUGGAACAUGGUCCUUACUCUCAACUCCUUCCGGCUUUGGUCUGUCCUCAAGACACAACGUUUCAAAUAAUUAUUCAAGUAACAAAGAUCCGUCGUGGUGAGUGUGGUGAGGUCAGGAUUGAUGAUGUUAAGUAUGACUUAACAAGGGACACGAGGACCUGCACAGUAACGCCCUCUACAUCUACACCAAGUGUCCAGGGGAAGACUUCACUUGAAGUCACAUCAGCAGACACACUGUCAUCCUUGAACUCAAAUUCAGUAACCACUAAUAUCGUUACAGUUUCGUCUUUAUUGUCUGAAUCUUCACACACAGGGACUACUCUGUCGUCAAACUCUGCCAAAUCUUCAACAGACCUCCGUGAGACUGAAAAAAAAUCUCCCGCUACAUCUGCACCAGCUGUCCAGGUUAAUAUUUCAUCUGGUACCCCACCAGCAGGCACACUGUCUUCCCCAAACUCAACAUUAGAAACCUCACAUCCAUAUUACCCAGAACGGUUCUCUGCAACUACAUUAUUACCACAAGAAACACCGUCGUCUUCACAUUCAGCGAUGUCGGUAACAGACGUCAAGAGUCCAGAAGCACAAAGAGGAUCAGCUUCACAAGACAAAAUGUCUGCUGGCCUUGGCGCGGGCAUUGGCAUCACUGUUUGCAUCAUUUUUAUCGUCUCUGCCUCUGUGACCGUAAUCGUCGUCAGGAAGAAAAGCAAAGCGACUUCAGAAAAGCGAACAAAUAUUAUUCUGAACACAGCUGCAUCCAUUCAUGAGACCGCAGGUAAUGAAAAACCAAGAAAUACCCAAGAACCAAUCGCUCCUGAUGGAGACAUGACCGUCCAUACCGAGUUACCUGUGCACCAACGGACGACGCGUGACGACAGAAUGACGUCAUCUGAUCACGUGAUCACAGAAGGCGACUCGUUUCAAGACUCAUCCCAAGAGAACUACAGCGUCCUUUUCAGCAAAGUUUCAGGAGAGCAGACGACACAGCAUUUCGAGUUGGACACGUACAGUCAUCUUCAAGCACAAAGUGCAGCUGGCGAUGUGUCCCACGAUAACAAAACUUUGAGGAUUUCUGAACUGGAACAGCGCAACAUGUCUGCCGACAGCAAAGCCAGUGCCCCACCAGCCACCGACGACGACUAUGUAGCAUUGCGAGCCUCUCUAAAUUCACAUGGCAUAGCUAGUGACGUGUACGACCACCUGAAGAAUGAAUUGUAUGUGAACGACCCUACAAAGAGAUGAAACCCAGCAUUCCAGUGAAGGGAACUUAUAAAGGUUUCAAAAGUUUCGAUACUUGUAAACAAUCUGUUUUAAGUGACACUAACACUUUUCCGAAGUAGUCAUCUUAACAUUAAGGACUUUAUUCAUCUAUUUAAGGAAAAAAUAGUUUUGUUUAUCUCGUUUGUAAUUUUGUGCAGACUGACGCAAUUUUUGCUUUUUUGUUUAUAAACUUUGGACUAACAGACAACAGUGAUUACAUCUAACGGUCACUGUGGUUCAUAUAAUCUAUUUACAUAUCUAAGUAUAUAUAUAUAGACAUCAUCCGCCAAUUGUGAGAGCCAUGGAUUAGAGAGGAUGGGAAAUGAGAAUCUUAGAUUCUUAGAUGAGUCAUUGUCUUUAUUUACCGAGGUUUUCAUCUUCGCCAUACUGCUUUAAUAAAUCUUUGAAAAUUUAAAAUCUUUAACAAACCGAAAUAAAAUUGUAAAGAACUUUUUAAAAAUUUCUCUUAUUGCCUUCCACGCGUGCUCUGCAUUUGUCGCUUGCUAUUAUUUUUGUUUCUGUGUAUUAGAUUAUGUACUGCUCUAAUUUUUCUGCUAAGCAGUUAGUAGUGAUCAGUAGUUGGUAUUACACUAGCGAUGGAAACAAAAGAAUGUGUUGUUGUGUUGGCAAUAAAACUGACGCUGUACCUCA